AAAUUUACUUUGCCUGACAUUGACGUAAUAAAUAUAAAAUUAUUAUAUUGUGUGUCAUAUAAGAGUAAAAUAAAUUUAUUGUGAUUUGUUAUGCAUGAUAAAGCAAAACAAAAAAUAGGAAAUAAAUGUCAUAAUUUAACAACCGCUUUAUUCAGUUACUAAGUAGUUGUCUUUCUUGUGAUGAACUUUCGACCUCAACGUAUUGUUACAUACUAUCGUUUAUUAAACAUGAGCACAAACGGUGUAAAGAUCACUGCCAAAGCAGACGUGGUUUCCAAAAUGAGUACCGGUUCGAAAACGAAUAUUCACAAAGUGACUAAAACUAUUGUUUCGUCACCAGAUGUAUAUAAACCCGUUGGACCUUAUAGCCAAGCGAUUCUGGCUGAUAAAACCCUCUAUGUGUCUGGGGUGCUCGGUAUGGAUCAACAGUCGCAGUUAGUAUGCGGCGGUGCGGAGGCUCAAACGAGGCAGAUUCUCACCAACUUGAAACAUAUAUUGGAGGCUGGAGGCGCCUCCUUGAGUCGGUUAUUAAAACGACAAUACUACUCGUUAAUAUGGACGAUUUCAAACUGUCAACAAGAUUUACGCAGAAU